AUGUCCUCGCCUUCUUCGUCAUCGUUGUUUAUGUUUCCUCUCCUCCAGCAGCCAUUGCUGAGAGCCCCAGCAGGCGCGGAACCCGGUGGCGCCCAGACGAACAAUGCUAACCUUGAGACCCAGGGUUCAUGGGGCAUUGGCGGUAGCGAGAGCAGUGCUGAGUGUGGGCACACUGGAGUGUCGAAGGUGAGCUCCAGCAGAGUCUUAUCACGGCCCUCGAUCCAGAGGGCUAGUGCACGGUCUUCAGAGGAUCAAGAGGUCAUGAUACUGACACGUUCCAAGAAUUCCAGAGUUUGCUAA